CGGGGCUGAGAGCGCCCCGCCUCGCCGGUGCUUGCUGCCCGGAGCGCCAGCGGACGGGCGCCCACGGAGCCCCGCGCGCCCAGCCACACGAUGGCUUAUCCCGAGGAGCAAGGAGGCGUCCCCUGUGGUUUCCUCCGCCAGAAUUCCGGCAACUCCGUUUCCUUGGACUUCGAGCCCCACACUGAGUACCGGUUUGUGGAGCAAUUAGAAGAGCGAUACAAAUGUGCCUCCUGCCACUCGGUGCUUCACAACCCCCACCAGACGGGAUGUGGGCACCGUUUCUGCCAGCACUGCAUCCUAGCCCUGAGGGAAUUAGAUGCAGUGCCACUCUGCCCUGUGGAUAAGGAGGUCAUUAAAUCUCAUGAGGUGUUUAAAGACAAUUGCUGCAAAAGGGAAGUCCUCAAUUUAUAUGUAUAUUGCAAAAAUGCUCCUGGGUGUAAUGCCAAGAUUAUUCUGGGACGAUACCAGGACCACCUCCAACAGUGCUUAUUUCAAGCUGUGCAGUGUUCCAAUGAGAGCUGUCGGCAGCCAGUCCUUCGGAAAGAUCUGAAAGAGCACGUGAGCGCAGACUGCCAAUUUCGAGAGGAAAAAUGCCUCUAUUGCAAAAAGGAGGUGGUAGUCAUCAAUCUACAGAAUCAUGAAGAAAACGUGUGUCCCGAGUACCCAGUACCUUGUCCCAACAAGUGUGUGCAGAUGAUUCCCAGAAAUGAGGUGGAUAAACACCUGGCUGUGUGUCCUGAAGCGGAACAAGACUGUCCUUUCAAGCACUAUGGCUGUCCUGUAAAGGGUAAACCGUCGAACCUGAAGCAGCAUGAGCACUCGGCCUUACGGGACCACAUGCUUCUCAUUUUAGAAAAGAACUUCCGAUUAGAAGAACAGAUUUCUGACUUGUAUAAGAGCCUAGAACGGAAAGAAAGCAAAAUCCAGCAGCUAGCAGAAACUGUAAAGAAAUUCGAAAAGGAGUUCAAGCAGUUCACACAGCUGUUUGGCAAAAAUGGAAACUUCCUCUCAAACAUCCAGGUUCUUGCCAGUCACAUUGACAAGUCAGCUUGGCUAGAAGCUCAAGUGCGUCAAUUAUUACAGAUGGCAAACCAGCAACAAAAUAAAUUCGAUCUGAGGCCUUUGGUAGAAGCGAUUGAUACAGUGAAAGAGAAAAUAACCCUGCUAGAAAGCAAUGAUCAAAGAUUAGUUGUUCUGGAAGGGGAGACGAACAAACACGACGCCCACAUUAAUAUUCAUAAAGCACAGCUGAAUAAAAAUGAAGAGCGAUUCAAACUGCUGGAAGGCGCCUGCUACAAUGGAAAGCUCAUCUGGAAGGUGACCGACUAUGCGAUGAAGAAGAGGGAGGCGCUGGACGGGCACACGGUGUCCAUCUUCAGCCAGCCCUUCUACACCAGUCGGUGUGGCUACCGCCUCUGCGCCAGAGCCUACUUGAACGGGGACGGGUCCGGGAAGGGGACGCACCUGUCGCUGUACUUUGUGGUGAUGCGAGGGGAGUUUGACUCACUGUUGCAGUGGCCGUUCCGGCAAAGAGUCACCCUGAUGCUUUUGGACCAGAGUGGCAAAAAGAACCACAUUAUGGAGACCUUCAAGGCUGACCCCAAUAGCAGCAGCUUUAAACGCCCCGACGGGGAGAUGAACAUUGCCUCCGGCUGUCCACGCUUUGUGGCUCACUCCACUUUGGAGAAUGCCAAGAACACCUACAUUAAAGAUGACACCAUCUUCUUGAAAGUGGUAGUGGAUUUAACUGACCUGGAGGAGCUCUAGGCACUGUUUCUGGGGGUAUACGAGGACGUCUUGGGUCCAGGACCGUGGAGGAAACCUUUGGUUAGCGCGGUGACUGAAUUUCAACUCAGUCCACAUUUGUAUUUGGCCUUUGCCCUUAGUGUUUGAAGUCAGUUUAAAACUUUCUAAGUGCUGUCUUCUUUUUACAUUUAACUCUUUCCCAGUUUGAAAGUUAAAGUACUUAGGAUAUCCUCUAAUUUAUAUUUUUCUAUCUCUUGAAAGUUUAUUGAAAGCAAGGUCUGGGACAUCUCUUUUUUGCUGGUGCUUAGCAUGGGGUCUGAGAGUAGGCACUCUAUGUUAAAUGUCAAUGAGGACACAGGUGUAGAAUUCCCAGUUGAAAAUGCUUGGUAUUUGGUCUGCUGGUUCUAGACUUGACCAUAUGCCUACAAAAGCCGUCUUCUAAGGUGGAUUGUUCCAGAUCAGUAGAUGGAUGGUGUAAUUACAAGACAGUAUGUCCAGUUGGAACAGACGUUUUUGGGUCAGAUCCUGAAUUACUACACCUCUAAAUAUUUUCAUGAAGGUCACCAGUAGUCAGCAGACACAAUUUUUGAAGGCUGCAUAAGUGGUGACAAGAGUAGGCAUCUUCAUUCUCCCUGUUGAAAUAAAGAAGGAAGUACCACAUAGCAUAUAAAAAAAGGAGAUAUAAACAUCCAACUAAAGUCCAGAUUUUGUUAGGGUCAACCAUAUGGAAAACUGUUUUUAUAGAUCAAAAACAAAUAUUAAGAGUUUAAUAAGGUUCAACUUAAUGUAUAUAUGUGUAUGUAUAUGUAUACAAAUAACUUAAAAGUAUUUGGGUAAUAACAGUAAACUAAUGUGAGGAUGGGCAGAAUUUAGUAUAUGAUGGAGAAAAUGUCAUAAAUGAAUGAGGAAUUUAAAACCUAGGGAAGACAUCAUUACAAUUUCCCAUGGUGUCAGAACACUCCUAUCCAAAACUGAUUGCUAAACACAGUUCUCCCAUUCUUCUUGAGAACAUUUUUAUUUCAUAGAUUGGUAUGAAAAUGGGUAUUUAUAUAAACUUGUGACUGUUCUUGUUGCAAUCCUAAGUAUUCUGUGAAGAACAGAAGUGACUAUGUUCUUAUCAUUUUUCUGUAUGGGUCUGAAGGUGUAUAUUCAAGUCAAGAUUGAGUCCUACUGACUCCUGAUAGACCUGAGGUUAACAAAAAAUACCCAGUGUGCCUGAGCCCUAAUUCAUUCUCAUGCAACUGAGCACCCCCUCCCCCCAUGUGGCCUGGCUCCCUUGCUCCUGCAAGGACAAGUGCCACCGGCUGAGGGACACUCAGCACAGCUCACUCAGGCGAUGACCAUGCACCUUACAACUGAACAGUUAACCUGAAGAAGAGGUAUGAUUUAUACCCGUGGCUUCUGGAAUAACUGAAACUUCCUUAAUCUCUUCUGUGAAAUUUUCAAGAUGCUAAAAAACUAAAGUGCAGAAAUCAUCUCAACGGGUUAAAUUCAAAGAAAUAAGUUCACAAUAGAAACACUCUCAAGAACUACACUGUAGCUGCUGGUAAACCCUGGUACAGUCGAUGGUCAACAUGUCAGAUCAGACAAACUCAGGAAGCCUUCCUCUAGACCACACAGGUGGUUCUCCGUGUUCGUUUUCAGUGUCUCUAAUCAAGUUCAAGAUCACCCCGUAUUCCUGGGGAGUGGGAGAUCAUAUUGUUGUAACGAGUUUUAAGUAGAUGAUGUGAAAAACAUUUUAAAGUGAAUUUAUUAAAAUACUAGUUUUGUGUUUUAUCCAACUUCUCCACAUAAAAAGUAUAAGUGAUGGCAUGGUUUGCUUACCAAUUCGUAAUCCCUUCAUCAUUGAAACAGUGAUCACAAAAUGAGGUAUUCUAGAGUAAAAAGCCCUCCUUUCCUAAAAAAUCAGAGUUAUAAUUUUUGUUUUAAAGAGGCAGAUCCAUGUAAAAUAUUUUUUCCUCUUUUACAAUAUGAAAUCAUUUUAAUCUAUGUCAAUAAGAUUCCAAUUUUAUUUACAUUUUUAUUUUAUAUCAAUUCCUGGUGAAGAAAAAACAAUACACUAGGCAUAAAAGGGGCAUUAACCUUGAGAAAUAUAUUUGCAGGAUUGAAGUAGGGUGUGGAAGUGGGGUCAUACUAAUGCAUAUUAACAGAUCGGGGUUCAAAACCCUGAUUUCCAAAUAUCCUGUGUUCAGAGAAAGAAGAAAUAGUCACAGCCAAGUUCAACUCAUAGGGCCAGCCUUGGAUGCAAGUAAACAGGAGAUACCAACCCUUUGUGUGGCCCCUCAGACAAUCCAUUGACACUGCCGAUGCCGACUACCUUUUUACUUUUAGAAAAUGGUUGGAGAAGGCAUGUUCAGGGGUAAGGGAAGUACAAGGGAGAUGGGAAAGGAAUGUCCGUAGGACCGAAUGCCACCCUGAGAACAGUAGUGUUCCCUGUGCACCCACAGCUGACUCUUGAAUCAUUAUCCACCCCCAUGCUGCUCCCUCCUCUGUCUGUAUCUCUGACCUUGGCCUUUGCUUAAGCUGCAGACUCCUAUAUCCAAGUACGCACUGAUCAUCUAAACUUAGAAGUCCUACAGGGACUUUAAAGUCAGCUUUACUAAAACUGAGCUGGAAAUCUUCCCACUCUCUACCACCGCCAACCUGAAUCCUCUGUGUAUUCUACCCCAGAUAAUGACAUCACCAUCCAAAUGAGAAGUUUGGACACUGUUCUAGAUUCCUCCCUCACUGUCUCCAUCCAAUCACCCACCCAGUUCUGCCAAUAUGACCCCCAGAUAACUUUUUAAAAUUAUUCCUAACUACUUACCCCUACUGCCUACUUUUUUAAAAAGGUUAUCUACCAGAAACCUUCAAAAAACAUGAACAACAUGUAAUAUGCAAUCCAAAUAACUUCUGGAAAGAACUGCCCGAGGCCACUAUACAGUGGUACUGAAUUUAGGAGGAAAGCCAAAAAUUGGUCUUUACAGAUAGAUGAAUUCUUACCUAUAAAACCCAAAAGAAUUGGUUCAGCCGAAUGACCAGACAGAUCAACAUACCAAAAAAACAAAUUAUCCUAGGGUUUAUUACAAAGAGUAAACUAAAACAGCAACAAAAGCUGGGAGGUAAAAACCUAAAGGAAAAUGUGCAGAACAGCAAGAAAACUGGAAGACUUCACAUGAAUAAACAAGGGAAGACUCCAAUUCAUGGAGCAAUAACCACAUUACCAGACGGCCUCAAUACUGUACUGGUAUCAAAUCUGGGCAAAUUAAUCUACCAAAAAACAAAUCCCGGAAAACUGUGCCACGUGGCCACAAUCUGUAACAGAACCUGAAAUGAAAUCACAAAUUCCGGGAAAAUGCUGCCAUUUCUUGACACUCUUAUAAAAUUUGGCCCCACGAUCUGAGGUUCUGGGCGAUUAUGCGGAAACGCUCUGCAACGAGUCAAACCCCAGACAUUAAGCCAAGCCCGUGCCCACAGGCCGGACUGUAAGCCCUGCGCCCUGCGCCGGAAGAGCCACGUGGGCCCCGCCCCUAUCUGUGUCGUGGGCGGGACAUUUCUGGCCAGCUGGCGUGUGCGCAUGCGCAGAGGCCCCGCCCCGCCCACCCGGCUCAUUACCUCGUGGUCCGGCGUCGGGCUCCGCAGAGGCGGCGGGUGCUCGCUGCCCUGGUUCUUCAGCACCCUCGGGCCGGGCUGGAGCCGGCCCAGGAAGGUCGUUUCCCUGCAGUUUACACCAUGGCAGGCAGGUUUUGUAGACAUGAAUAAGAAGUUCCCACGCACAAGUCCUGAAGAUGCCAGGGCCAGCAGAAAUGAAGGUGGGAGCUUUUCUCACUGCAAACACAAACAAACGGGGACAAAAGAGCAAAGCCAGAAACACCACCAACCCCAACGUAGAUCAACAUCUUUCUCUUCAGAUGACGGUGUAUUUCCCUCUUCUUCUUCGUCUUCUGAGAGCGAGACAGAUUCAAGUACUAACGAUUCUGCCAACAGAAAAGUUAAGAGAAAGAGAGGACAGAAAAGGAAUAAAAGGAGAAAAGAAAGAAAGGACAAAAGAUGAAACAUCAAGAAAAAGAAAGAGAAGGAAAAAAGAAGGAAACAACCAGAUGGUAUCACCGUUACAAGGUCUCAUGAACUUUCUGUUUAAGGAGUUUAUUUUAUGAUACUUUUAUUUGGGUUUACAUUUUUACUGGUUUGUCAAGACCACAGCAGUUACAGUGUCCAAUAUGUUAAAGAAAAAAAUAAUUUUGUCAGUUACAUACAAUGUAAAUAUACUUCAAAAUUUAGAUUUUUGUCAUCUCUUAAAUAUCUCAAUCAAGAUUAGUAGAGCAGACCCACAUGCUUCAAAACAUCAAAAAUUGCCAGUUGGAUUAUUGUAAUCUCUGUACCCUUGGAGAGAUGACAUACAGUAAGUUGUCUGCUUUCAAAUUUUAUUUUAAAAAGUACAUAUUAACAUAUUUUAUAAAGCUUGUUAGAGUACUUUAGUAUAAUUAAAAUACAGAAUUGCAAGUCCUUAGAAAAAGAAUCUGUUAAAAAGAAAUAUAUCCAGUGAUUCUUAAAUAUCAAAAUAUCAAAGUUGGUUUUCAUCUUGUCUUCUGUCUUGUGUUGGAAUAGUUAGGGUACAGUCUGCUCUUCUAAAUCAUCAGGUGCUUAGAAAUUAUUUAAGUUGCUAAACAUGAUAUCUAAACUUGAAUAUUUUAUAACUGUAUUUGUGAUUAUCCUUCUUUUUGUAUUUGUCCACAUUUUUAUGGGCUUUAAAAAGGCAGAGACUUCUUUUAGAAAAGAAAUACUGCCCAUACGAAUUGUAUGGAUGUCCAGAGCAAUGAUUAAUCUGUUUCAGAUGAGCAGAUCAUGCACGCCUCCCCAAAGGAGAGCAUAGUAUUUGACUUGAACAUUGAAGGAUGCAUAAGUUUUAUUAGGUAGACACUUCAGAAUUUCACCUGGUAGUUGGCAUUGGAUUUUAUUGUAUGGAAUUAGAAACUCACUAAUAAGCUUCACUUCUCUCAAAAUUGAUGCAAUACGGAUAUUAAGUACUUGAUUGACUUGAAAUAAUUUGAGGUUGGAAGUGGCUGAACAUUCUAACAUUCAAAAUAAAUAUCCAAGAUUUGCAAAUACAAGAAAUUUACUGUUAUUUCCAUUGCCAUUCAUUUCUGUUCAUUCUUUCCAAAUCCUUAUUUGUGGGUUUUUCCUCCACAAGGCAACUAAACUUACCAUUUGAAAUUUAGAUUUUCAUAGGUGUACUUUAUUUUUCUCCCCUUUUUUUAGGCCACAGAAAAGGGAGCUGCUGAGAGAAAGCCACUGUAUAUAAAACAUUUAAUCUGAUGAUAAACCUUGAUGAUUAAUAGUAUUAAAUUUUAAUGACUAUACUGGUAUAUUGAGUUUGAAGUAAAGCUCCAGUGUUAAUUUAACUUAAUUUUCAAGGUUUAAUGUGCUCUCAUCUUAACAUAAUGUUAUCCAAAGUUUGUUUUCUACACUAAGUAUCAAGAAAAGUGUAAGUAUACAUAAUAGAGCAUGUCAUGAAUUUAUUCUAACCAGUUUCAAUUUUUGUCUGCAGAGGGUCUGAAACCAGGCUAAACUUUUGAUUUCCAAAGCUCAGCCUUUUGAUUUAAGGUGGCCAAAUGAGGAUGCAGAGCCCAGCACUGUGAAACCACAGAAACACUGAAGAGCUGGGCAUGGAUGUCUUUAACACCACGUCUAGACUCGGAGAGCAGUGUGACCAGGCAAUAAAGAGUUGGGAAGUCACAUUUUACUUGCCAAGGCCCACAUCCAACACUUGAGAGCCUGAAGGGGGUCCUGGAUCAGGGUUCGGGUGCCCUUGAGGGGUGGGGCUGGCCUGGGCGAGGGGCCUGGGGUGGUUUGGAGGCUGGCCACACCCCAGCAGGGUGUGGGGGGUCCCCACUGGGGGAUGGCCUGGCCUGGACAAGGGGCUGGGGCAGUUUGCAGGCCAGCCACAUCCCCAUCGGAGUGUCGGGGCGGUGUCUCUGCUGGGGGCAGGGCCAGCCUGGGCAAGGGGCUGAUGGCCAUUUGCAGGCUGGCCAUGCCCCCAUUGGGGUGAGGGUCCCCAUGAGGGGUGUGGCCAGCCUGGGCAAGGGGCUGAGGGCUGUUUGCAGGCUGGCCAUGCCCCCAUUGGGGUGAGGGUCCCCAUGAGGGGUGUGGCCAGCCUGGGCAAGGGGCUGAGGGCUGUUUGCAGGCCAUCCACGUCCCCAUGGGGUUGGGGUCUACCCUGGGGGCCGGGUCAGCCUGGGCGAGGGGCUGAUAGCCCUUUGCAGGCCAUCCACGUCCCCAUGGGGUGAGGGUCUCCGCUGGGGGCCGGGCUGGCCUGGGCGAGGUGCUGAGGGCCGUUUGCAGGCCAUCCAUGCCCCCAUCGGGGUGGGGGUCCCUGCUGGGGAGCUGGCAGUGUGGGCGAGGGGCCUGGAUUGGUUUGCAGGCCGGCCAAGCCCCCAUGCUGAUUUGUCCCUCCCGAACUUUUUUCUCCAUUUCCUCAUCAGCAGAGGCUGAGGUCCCAGGAAGCUGAUGAGGAAUAAGCGUCAGGGCCCUGCCAAGCCCAGCGAGGGUCCGAGGGUCCUUAGCACUGUGCUUACAUGGUCUUGCGUGUUUGUUGCACCAGGUGCAGGGCUGGAGGUCUUCCUGCAAUAUAGAGCCAGAGAGUAUAUUAUGAAAAACGUCCAAUAAUUAGAUAUGUGAAACGGUUAGAUGAUUAGUUUUCAUCAAUAUCUAUCAAAAUAAAGAUUCUGUCCACAACUUGAUACACUUGAUCAUGGAGCCUAUAGAGUCGCAAAGGCACCGUGCUUGUUUGUUUAUGGGAAUCAACCAAAUAGAAUUAAUCUGAAUUCUGCUUUAUGUAGGGCACAGACUUACAGCCGUGCUACAGCUCAUGUACCUGUGGAUGAGGACAUACUUAUUUUGCAUCCUUUCAUUUAAAAAUAAUUUUGAUCAACCGUGAAAGAGGAAAAGCUGAAUUAUCUUUCAGUUCUCUAUGUAUAAAAAAAGAUACAAAAUCAUUACAGACAUUUACACUCCCCUCCCCCCAAAUAAAAAAAAGCAAUAUAGAGAUAUGUCAGUUAAUAAAACUAGAAUGUUGUUUUUUUGAAUUUUGAAAUAUUGGUGCUAAUUGUCAAGCUAUAAAAUUUGUAAUUUGUGAUUUGUUAUUCUAAAUAAAUAUUCACAUAUGCAGUA